AUGGGAGAAGUGGCUCAAUUAUUGAGUGACCCUACUAUAAAAGAUAUUACAAAGGAGUCAGUUAUUUAUGUCUCAUCAUCUAGAAUUGGGUUUGGGGUCAGUAACAUUUGUGAUAACAACUUGUCAACUUAUUGGCAAAGUAAUGGAGAACGACCUCACCAAAUUACGUUUGUUUUUGAUGAGCCUCAAACACUUGCAUUUGUAAGAUUUUAUGUUUCUCAGAAGAUGGAUGAGUCAUAUACCCCUUCAAAAGUAUUACUAAGAGUUGGAACUUCUCUUUAUGAUUUAAUUGAACUUGCAGUGGUUACGUUAGAAGAACCAGAGGGGUGGUAUUAUUUGACAAAACAUAUGAAAAAACCAUUAAGAGGAAGUUGUGUUCAAUUGGUUAUUCAAGAGAAUUGUUCACAUGGAAGAGACUCUCACAUCCGUCAAGUACAAAUAUUUGGUUUUUAG